AUGAGCACCUUGAGCAACAUCGACUCUGUCGCCAACGCUAAACAAGGCAGCUUCAAGCCCUCAAUCGCCCCCGACGGUCCACAAACUACUAAGGGUCAUAAGCCCGGUGUCAAGGUCAAUGAGGCCGACCAGCGUCCCGAAUACAACAUGGAGGCAUUUCCCCCAGGCACUGCGCCCGCCAGCAACUCCUACACUUCCAACGUUGAUGAUGUAGGCAGCCAAGCCAACAACCCAAAUGUCUUGCGCAGUCACGGUAAAGAGUCCACAUACACCUCUGCCGCAGACACUUUGCAAGGCGCCACGUCUGCCGACGUGAACACUGGUCUCGGUAAACCCCUUCAGGGACAGACUGGUGUUGAGCUAAGGCACGAUGGGGAGCAUGGCCGCAAAAAGCAAUCGGCCGGUCUGGAAGGCGUUGGUGCUUUCCGCGAGGACAAGGGCGUUGAGCGAGCAUUCCCGAGCCAGCGUGGCCUUGAGAAGGAGGAAGGUGCUUUGGCUGGUUCGCGUGGCAACAAGGCCGAUCGUUCGGUCCAGGAUGUCCAAGGCGAGACUGCCGAGACUCUGGAUAAGGAGUGGAAGUAUGAGCCAAAGACCAAGCGCAACCAGGCUGGUAAUGACGUAUAUUAA